UUAUGAACAAAAACUUCAAUUGACAACCGUCUAUGAUUCUAAAACAAUCCAUAUUUAUAUGUGUGUCUUUGAGAUAUAUGCUUCUUAAUUCAGGUGUUUCAUUUUACGAUGGACCGAAAAGUUACGUACAAGAAACAGGAUUAUGAAUCCAUUAAAAAAACAUGUUUAAAGAAAGGAGACCUUUUUAGUGAUACUGAAUUCCGUCCAAAUAACAAAUCAAUAUUCUUUAGUAAAAUUGACGAUGAUAUUGAAUGGAAAAGGCCGAUGGAUUUAUGCAGAUCGCCAAAGCUUAUAGAAGACUUCAGCCCUUAUGAUUUACGCGAAGGGCAAUUUGGAAAUAUGUGGUUUGUGACAGCCAUUGGUGCACUUAUAUCGAAAAGGGAAAGAAUUAAUAAGGUUAUUCCACAUCUGAAGAAACAAGAAUGGAAAGGGGUCAUGGAUAAGCAAGACUAUGCAGGAGUGUUUGAGUUUUGUUUUUGGAGGUUUGGAGAAACUAUUACCAUUGUAGUCGAUGACAGGCUUCCAACGAAGAAUAACAAGUUAUUGUUCUGUCAAUCUGAGACUCGUGAAGUAUUUUGGUGUGGCUUGUUAGAAAAAGCUUACGCUAAAGUGUAUGGUGACUAUGAGUCGUUAACAAAUGUGGAUGCAAUAGAUGCAUUGGUAGACUUUACAGGUGGCGUUGCUGAAAGGAUAAACCUACGCAAUGUGAACCUAAAAGACGAAAAAAGACGAGUAACACUGUUUGGGAAAUUAAAAGCCGACUGUGAAAACAAAGCACUUAUGAUUUGCUAUAUUCAGUGCAUACCUGGGGAGCGUGGUAAAGAAUUGCCACAAGGCUUUGUUCUCGGGCAUGGCUACAGCAUAACUCAUGUCAAAGAAACAAUAAAUAACAAAGCACAAGAUAAAGGACAAGGAAAAUUUCUGAUGAUUAGACUGGCUAAUCCAUGGGUAAAGGAUGAAUGGAAUGGUCCAUGGUCUGAAAACUCAAAAGAAUGGCAAAAACUUGAACCACCACUGGACGCUGAACUAGAAGUAUCAAAAGACAAAGGAGAAUUUUGGUAA